CAAAUAUUUUUUGAUUUGUAUAGACCAAUUUGAUGAUGAGUUGAUGUUUCUGGUGUUUCGGCGCAGUUUGACAAGGUUGAGGAUUGUUACAUUUUUAAAUUUUCCUACUAUGAACAUACACAUACGACCGAUCGCUCAAAGAAACACGAAAUCCAUUCAAUCCAGUCCAGUACAGAUUCAUCUGAAGAUUACAUAGAGCCGAGGAGAUCGCCGAGGACGAUUGCGAGUACAUACACGUCGGACGAACGGGCGCUUACAUAGAUCGGAUCAAGACAGCGACUUUGUCGAGCCACAUACAACGACAGCAGGCCGAGUGAUACACAUGAUGAGCACCAACAAUAACAAUCACUACAGGGGAUGGACGACGACGAGUGUGGGCGAGGAAAAUGAGGAGCUAGAGGACCUGCUGAACCAUCUCUCAUCGGCGGCAGGCGACCGAGGAUUGGGCGAGGGGUCCGGCCUGGACGACGAGACCAUGCCGGCCUUCGACGACAUCCUCCAGCCUGCCUCUUCUUCCACCGCCCGCGACCGUGCUGGCCUCACCGCCCUCCUUCCCUUCGAUUACCCACCCGACGGCCACGAACACGACGACGAUGAUGAUGAUGAUGAAGACGAUGAAGACGAUGAGGAUGAUGAUGAGGAUGUAGACGAGGAACGGAAGGCCGCCGUCCAGGCGGCAAUGAGAGGUCUUCACACCCCGUUCACCCAUCUCAGUCGCUCCGAACGGGCCCAGACCCUCAUUGAAGAAGACGGAGAAGAAGAAGACGAGCAGUCGGACGAGGAGCAAGUGAAAGGCGGGAAAGAAGAAGAAGAAGAAGGGUGGGAGAUGGCUAGGCCCAUAGAGGAAGAAGGAGCGGAGGGCCUUGUGAAGAUCGAAUCGGAGGACGAAGAGCCGUCGGCGCUUCCCACGAUCUCGCUCGAUCAUCGAGAAGCGAGCCCCUUAGGACUUCCCGAGCGACCUGGAGAAGAAGAAGAAGAAGAAGUGGAUCCGAAGGAAGAAGAAGAGGAGGAGGAGAUUCCGGCGACGCUCGGAGGAGUGGACGCCGUAUCGAGCGUGCCCGAGGACGGGCCGACAGGCUCCUCGGAGCUGGUGAUGCGCGACAAGCCCGGCGUCGCUGGGCUGCCGAUCCGUGGACCCAAUAGCACCGAACGGCCCGUCUUCGUCAACCCGAAACAGUACCAACGGAUCAUCAAACGCAGACUGGCGAGGGCCAGACUCGAGGAAAUGGGCCGCUUGUCUCGCGAACGUCAGCCCUAUCUUCACGAAUCAAGACAUAAACAUGCCGUUCGUAGACCGCGAGGACCACGCGGAAGAUUCCUAACCAAAGAGGAAUUAGCUCGAGCUGACCAUCCCAACAUCGACCCAACACCCGAUCCUAUUCCUACUGCAACCUAAAAAGCACACCCUACAGUACAACAUCCCUAAGAUCUGUGGAUCCUUUGUAAUCAAAUAAUAUCCUCUUCCCCCCGUAAUACUGCAUUUGUCAUAAUUAGGACUCAAGACGACCCUUCUUGAUUGCCGGACAAGCAAUGUUUCUUGGUUGGGGAUCAAGGGGUUCAACUCUGGGUGUGACAAUGCAGGCCUAACGUCUACACAUGUACGCUGUAUUUAUGUCUCGUUUUGGCCAAGCAGUCGAAAACAAGGGAGCCCACUUUAUUCCUUAUCCGCGUAUCUUGAAUUACUCAACAACAUAAAA